AUCAGAGUGGGGCCACAUUAUACAGCAGCCCCCCCCCCCCACACACACACACAGACACACAGACACAACUCCCAUUGUGUCCUCAAGGCAAUUGUUUCACUGCAGAUGAAGAGAUGAAAAGGCAAUCAACCCCUCAGCUCCUGCCUGAAUGGGGGAACCCCACACUGAUUAGGUGCAGCAUAGGCUUCCUUCCUGCGGUCUGAUUGGCUAAGAUAAGACCCCUGACGCCUGAUUGGAUAAGAUAAGCCCCCUUCCCAUAGUCAGAAGAAUAUCAGAAUCAGGUGUAAUAUUAAAAGGAAACAUCUGAUCCUUUUAACUAUCCACAUCCAGAUACUGAAAGUCUAGCUGUUAUGGUUACGGACACACCUGAAGGUUCCUGGUUCGAGUCCCUGCAGUAGCAUUGUUUGGUUAGAGCUCUGAGCAGUUGUUGAUGUAUCAAUGUUUAAUGUAAAUACACCAAAUUUGCUGGAACUCCUGAGAGCUCAGAUCAUGCUCUUUUCCUCGACUGAGGUGGUGUUUUUUACACCAACCCAUCUUUCACAGGUUUUAACAAACCACCAGCAUGCUUUAGGUGAUGAUCCACAUGGACCAUUUUCUGUUGGGUGGGUCCAGCAGACCACCAUGGCCACUCCAGGUUUUCCUGAGGCAUUUGUGGAUAGGCAGCGGCAGGCUGCUGUCGACUCUUAUCUAUGUCAAUGAACAGCUUUACCAUGCUUGGCUUUAUUCUAAUUGAAUCAGCUACAUGUGAGGUUAGACACAAAAUGACAACUCUCAACUCAUUUAACCAGAGCCACCUUGUUAUGUGUUUAAAUAUCUUUAAAUGCUGUCAAAGUAAGUGCUUCAAUACAGAAACAUUAUGUCGUUCAUCGAAAGAUCCAAACACACAAAGCAGUGAGGAAUUUUGUUACCGUGUGAGACAUCCGCUGUCACUAGCCAAAAUAAUUACCGGCCUAUUGCUGUCAGGUCAGUAAUCAUGAAAUGCUUUGAAAGGCUGGUAUUAUCUAAUAUCAAGGCCUGCAUCCCCCCUGGUCUAGACCAAAACCAGUUUGCUUACAAAGCUAACAUCCACAAACUGCACCACUUCAAUUGCACUUCACACUGUCCAAACUCCCCUGACAUCUAUGCUAGGAUGCUCUUUGUUGAUUUUAGUUUAGCAUUUAACUUAGAGGCUCCGUGGUCAGCCUGCCUCCGUAUGAUCCCUUCUCCUCUCAGAGGAUCUGUGCUCAGGCUGCCUCCCUGUGAUCUCUGCUCUCCUUAGAGGCUCUGUGGUCAGCCUGCCUCCGUAUGAUCCCUGCUCCCCUCAGAGGAUCUGUGCUCAGGCUGCCUCCCUGUGAUCUCUGCUCUCCUUGGAGGCUUGGUGCUCAGACUGCCUCCGUAUUAUCCCUGCUCCCCUCAGAGGAUCUGUGCUCAGGCUGCCUCCCUGUGAUCUCUGCUCUCCUUGGAGGCUUGGUGCUCAGCCUGCCUCCAUAUGAUCCCUGCUCCCCUCAGAGGCUCUGUGCUCAGGCUGCCUCCCUGUGAUCUCUGCUCUCCUUAGAGGCUCUGUGGUCAGCCUGCCUCCGUAUGAUCCCUGCUCCCCUCAGAGGCUCUGUGCUCAGGCGGCUCUGCUUGUUCUGUAUUGGUUGAACAUGCUGCUUUUUAGAGUGAUACUGAAUAUUAAACCUCUGUGAUUCUGGGAUUGUUCACUGAUUUUGCUUUGCUGUCAUUUGCUGUUGUUCUACUUCACAACAAUGAAGUUGUGUCAGAUGGACUAUCUUGUCAGGAAAUGCCUCAGUGUAAAGUCAAAUUGACAAUGAUCCCUGUACAUGAACACCUUAUUCCGAGUUCACAGCCUGUCACAAACUCCAUGUACCGAUGUUUCAUGUACGCAACCACUAGGCUGAGAUAUCUGCUCUACAUCAUUUCUCAGCUGUGAAACACAUUGUGGUUCAGGGAAACAAGCCCACACUUCUGCUCUUUUCCAGCCAAAAUCUCUAAGUUCAAGAAAGAGUUAAAGAAGCGGUUUUAGUGGCUAAUUUUAUCCUGCUGGCGUCUGGAGAGGGAAUCCUCCUCGUCUGACAUUCUGCAGUGGAGGACACCCCUGGGUGAUGUAAGGGGAACCCCCCGCCCCAUGCUGAGGGGUUUACAUGGGGACGCCAGCAGCCUAGCUUAUAACCACCGACACACCCAGCCCAGCCUGUGGUCUCUCAUCUGAGCUUUAAAACUCCAUCCUUGUGGCACUUCUGCCAGUACACUGUGAGAAAUUUACAGUGAUCCCCCCCUUCCUACAAGGGCCAUUUUACAGUACACUGUAAAUUUACACUGUUUUCCCCAACAGAGCUGGCCAGAAACACAGCUCUCUCUGUGAUAGAUAUUCCCUAUUGCUAAGCAACGCCAUCCCAUCAAGUCUGAAUGCUGCCAUUUAUAGAUACAGUAUAAUGCUUCCUGAUUCAGAAAGUUUUUCUUAUUAGAACUACUGAUUUGUUGAUUAUUUGUGGGAUAAAUAAGAACUGUGUUCUGUCAAAAAAUGACCUAAACUUGGGUUUAUAUUUUUUAAACGUAAUGCGUUCAUUCCUUAGUCGCAGAAUUAUUGGCAUCUUUAGUACAUUUGCUGCUGUUAAAAUGGCUUCGCAUAUUUCCAGCCGGCAUAACAUUAAAAACAGCUCAGAGUUUCCAGCCAUCUGGGGCCCAAAUAUCUCAUGUGGGCGGCCCUGUGAACCAGCUGUGUUUUUAGUGCCUUUACCAGUGACUUCUGCAGUUCACAGAAACUGGUCAUGACGUACCCAAAGGGCAAAUCAUAUUGGGCCCCCAGUCCAGACCAAUCCAGUUAUUUUCCAAAUGUUCUAGGCCCCCUAUCACUCAGGGGCCCUUGAAAUCAUUCUAACUUUCCUCCGCCUUAUGGCAUCCCUCAACGUACCCAUAGUUUCUAAUUACAGUGUAAGAUAAAGAGCGCACGGGGAGUCAUGCGUGACCCGGGGACGGGGUCCGGCCAGUGUCAAGUGACCAGCCCAGUUUAUCUUUGUACUGACAUGGGGCUCGAGAACGAGAGGUCCGAAACAAGCGUCCUCAUGGACCAACAGGAAUUCAGCCGGACCUCGGUGCCGAUUCUGGCCGAGAAACAGAAAAACUGCACUGCGGCUACCGACCGGGAUCCCCAGGAAAUUAACGCGCACCUGAAGAUCAGCUUUGAGGACAUCAUCGGAGAGCCCGCCGCCCUGCACAGCUUUGACUCGGUGUGGGUCUCCAGCAGCGCCCUCUUCGAGCUGCUUAAAUACGCUUCGUACCGCCUGAUCAGCGCGCUGCUCGCCGUCCUCCUGUCCUUCGCGGCGGGAUCCCUCUUCGCGCUUCUCCGCUGCCUUCAGAUCUGGAUACUGAUCCCACUGGUGCAGGCGUGGUUUAUGGCUCUGCCGACGGUCCAGACAGUCUGGAGCAGUUUGGUGGACACCUUUGUGGCUCCUGUGUUCACAAGCAUGGCCAGAUGUCUGUCUACAAUGGACGUGAAAACUGCCAAACCCAACUGAGAUACACCAGAAGUGCAGGCAAAGGGAAACCUGCUAAUUUCUGACCCAAUAUUUGUUUGUGACCAAACUAUUUGACAACAUUCCAUUGUUUCAUUGUAUAGAAAAGAGUUGCGAUGGUUAGGGCUGUAAUUGUAAAGAUAAAAUGAUGCAAUAUUAAUUAAGUUCUGACUGUAUUUCUGUGUAACAGAAAUAUUUGACAAACGGUGUGCCGCUGUGUAUAUCUCCUUAACCAAACGCAAGUACUACACCAGAAAAUAGCCAGCGGUAGUCUUGUGACCGUCCCUGUCUUGAACUGCUCGUCAAGAAUGCGUUGGUGCGUAUAUGACCAAAGUGAGAAAACUCUAAAGUUUGCUGAUACAUUUUGAUUACAGGUGUGACCUCAACAAGAAAAUUUUAACUUAUUGAAAAUAUGUUUUGUACUGAAGACAAAGUACAGAGAUAUUUACAGAGCACCAUUCAGUCUAUAAUUAUUGAAUAUUAUAUAAAUCUAUUUAACUCUAACCUGUAUUUAAACAUUUCCUGUGAAAUGAAUAUAAAAAUGUAAAUUUUCUUGAUUGUAGUUGAUUAUUUUUCGGUUUUUAUGCAGUCAGUAGUUUUAACUGAAUUACAUGCUAUUUGUGUUAUUCAUUUAUUACUCAAGCUGGCACUAAUAUAAUCAGCACUUUCAACUCUAUAAUCAUUCUCCAGGUUGCUCUUCCAUUAUUAGUUCUCGGUUCAUUGCACCAAUAUGAUUUCUGCUUUUGACAAUUAUUUUACAACAAAGUAUGAGCACACUAUUCAGAUACAUGUAAAGUCGAAAUAAAAAUAGGUGAAGGUGA